AUGAAUCAAGAUUUACAGUCAAAGAACUCUCCUCCUUUGGUUCCAAAAAUCCUUUCAAGAGAACAGAACAGGCACUUCAUGAUCCAAAAAGACAACAUCAUCUGUCAUACUGAGCUAUAUUUGAGAUGGUGGAAAGAUAACCAUAAUAUUUGGGGACUUGACUACCAGGCAUCUCAGAGCCUGGAUCUCAACCUUACUGAGCAUCUUUGGUGGACUACCGAGGGGCGUAUGAGUAAUGCGAUGGCCAGUACCAACAACAUUUGUGACUUAAAGGCUUUAGUGCAACAAGAGUGGCAAAGAAUAGGGUUCGAACUUGCAUCAACUUUAGCAUAUAUCAUGCAACAUCGAUGA